CGUCCUCACAGUCACACUUGCUCCCACACGACCAUUGCACGCUGGUCUUGAGGAGCUCGACUAGUGGAGCUCGCGUUGAGCGAUGGAGCCGGUGGAGUCGGCCAAGUGCGAGUGCUGCGAGCUGCGGGAGGACUGCACCCGGGGGUACAUCGUGGGCGUCAAGGCCGACUUCGGCGGGCGGUGGCUGUGCGGGCUCUGCUCCGAGGCGGUGAGGGAGGAGGGCAGGAAGCUUGGGAUGGAGGCGGCGCUGCAGGACCACAUGGCCUUCUGCGCCGGCUGGUGCCGCGGCAAGGACCCCGCGCUCCGGGUCGCCGACGGCAUGCGCGAGAUGCUGCUCCGCCGCCGCCGGCCCAUCUCCAUCUCCAAGUGAAGCCAAGCGACGCGGCCCAUCAUUCACGGCGCGCGAUGGAUGCAGUGCAGUGUGCACCGCGCCGGCGACGAAUGGGUCCAGCCGGCGGUGCCAGCAAGCGCCGUUGCAAACAAGAUCGACGUAAUAAUUAGCCAAGGGUUCAUAUGUAGUAGCAAUACGUGGUACGUAGUAUGUAUGUAAUGUGAUGUGGUAGUAAUAAUCUUAGCUAGCUAGGUUGAAGCUGCAUUGCAUCAUUGGCAGGUAGCUGAUGCUGGUGCUAGCUUUGCUCAAGCUCCGGCCGGCUGUACAAAAGGGACCCAAUAACAUGAGAGGAUGUGACGACGCCUGCCGUCGAUUACGCGC